AUGUCUGAAUCCCGCUCAUUCCCCUUUACCGAGCCGUCUCUUGUCCGACUCCUCGUCUUGGCCUCUUUUCUGUACCUGCUGAACGUCGUCCGUAUCUUAGGCGAUUACCUACUGUAUGCUGGCCUCAUAGCAGAACUUGGCUUGGGCAUUGUCUAUGGCUCCCCUCUUGCAAACAUCCUGUCGUAUGAAUGGGAGACGACGUUCAACAUCUUAGGAUACUUAGGACUGCUUCUUAUCGUGUUUGAAGGUGGCCUCUCGACCAACCUCCCAUUACUCGUGUCCAACCUGUUCCUCUCGUGCCUGUGCGCGUUGACAGGUAUCGGUCUCCCCAUUGCUCUCUCCUUCGCCCUCCUUCCCACUGCCUACGGAUAUACGCCGCUGGAAGCAUUCGCUGCCGGUGCUGCGCUAUCUUCGACUAGCCUCGGCACUACCUUGGCAGCUUUGAACAGUGUGAGCAAGAGAGGCAGUCCCCCCGCUCCACAUGACGCCCUUCGAAAGAAAACUGCUUCUCAAGUAGAGGACACAAUAGAACAGUGUUCCGUCGCAGACCUCUCCAGCUCUCCUGCGCCGUCCUCGACGCCCCUCCACCGGACACGUAUAGGUACAGUGCUCAUCAGCGCUGCGAUUAUAGAUGACGUUGUUGGCUUGGUCAUCGCGGCACUCAUGCCUGCGCUCACCGUCCUGAGCACAUCCGGUUCAUCCACACAGUCGUCUCACUUAGCCUGGUCGGUUAUUCGGCCUCUGCUGUCUUCCCUGCUUAUAGCGACCAUCACGCCUCUUGCUGCGCGCUUUAUCCUUCGUCCCGCAUUCUGGUUCUGUGGCAUCGGCGAAAGAUGGUGUGCUCCGCGGCGUGAAGGUAAAGGUUGGGGUUGGGACGGCCUGGGACUGAGUGACUGGGGCACGGAAGCACAUGCGGACACAGUGAAGUUAGCUAUCAUGGUCGGUGUCCUCAGCGCAUUUGCAGCGAUUGCAUACUAUACAGGAAGCAGUAUGUUGUUCGGGGCAUACGUUGCCGGGCUGACGUUGUCGUACAUCGCUCGACCGCCUGAAGGUGCGGAGGGUCACACGGAGCGGACAGAAGCAUUAUCGUUCGAAGCCGUGUUCUCGCGCAUGAUCAGUCCCUUACAAGAGCACAUGUUUGCUCCGCUAUUCUUUGCGAGCAUCGGUUAUGCAAUUCCCUUUCUUUCUCUAUGGGACCCGACUGUCCUCUGGCGCGGAGUAAUGUUCGCCGUGGUUAUGUUCCUCUGCAAGUUCGCGGUCGGGUUGCCCAUCAUGCUAUGGACGAUCUGCACCGGCAGGGAUCAAGUCGGGAAGCAAUCCCCUCCCCAUCCUGCGCACCCCCGUGCGCCUGAGUGCCGAACCUCUCUCCGCACCGCGGUCCUCGCGUCGCUCUACCCUGCGGCGUUCUUCGGCUUCGCGAUGGUCUCGCGCGGGGAGAUCGGCCUGCUGAUCGCGCAGAUCGCAAGGCAGGGGAACGGCGAUGGCGAGGCGCUGCUCGGGGAAGAGGCAUUCUUGGUGUGCAUUUGGGCGAUCCUGUUGUGCACGAUUGUGGGUCCGAUUAGCGUCGGGCUUGUGGUACGAAAGUGGAGGACGAGAGUAGUCGCCGGGAUCUGGUCUUAA